CUCCGCUCGGCUCCGCGCUCCCUGCCCCGAUAAGGCCCCGCAGGGACUCUGCCCCCGCCCGCAGAGCGGCCCCACGCCCCGGCAGCGUUUCAAAACCGGCCAGGCACAGCCACAUUCGGACUGCGACAGCCUCAGCGAGCACCGGGCGCUGCGAGCACGGCAGGAGCGGCCCCGACGGCGGCACUCGAGCGCUGACAGCCAUGGAGAGGAUGCAGCAGAUCGUGGGCCGGGCCAGGGCCGCCUUCAACUCRGGCCGGAGCCGCCCGCUGGAGUUCAGGAUUCGGCAGCUGAAGGCCCUGGAGAGGAUGGUGCAGGAGAAGGAGAAGGAGAUCCUGGCAGCCCUCAAGGCCGAUCUGAACAAGUGUGGGCACAACGCCUACAGCCACGAGAUCCUGGGAGUGCUGGGGGAGCUGGCCCUGACCAUGGAGAAGCUGCCAUCGUGGGCAGCCCCUCAGCCUGUGAAGAAGAACCUGCUGACCAUGAGAGAUGAGGCCUACAUUGGCUACGAGCCGCUGGGCGUGGUGCUGGUCAUCGGGGCCUGGAACUACCCCUUUGUGCUGGUCAUGCAGCCCCUGAUCGGGGCCAUCGCAGCAGGCAAUGCCGUGGUGGUGAAGCCGUCGGAGGUGAGCGAGAACACGGCUCGGCUGGUGGCCGAGCUCCUCCCGCAGUACCUGGACAAGGAGCUGUACCCCGUGGUCACUGGAGGAGUUCCUGAGACAACUGAUUUGCUGACCCAGAGAUUUGAUCACAUCCUCUACACGGGCAACACCGCAGUGGGCAAAAUUGUGAUGGCAGCAGCUGCAAAGCACCUGACCCCUGUCACCCUGGAGCUGGGUGGGAAGAGCCCCUGCUACAUCGACAAGGAUUGUGACCUGGCUGUCGCCUGCAGGCGGAUAACCUGGGGCAAGUUCAUGAACUGUGGGCAGACCUGCAUCGCCCCAGACUACAUCCUGUGUGACCCAUCCAUCCAGGACAAGGUGGUGGAGAACAUCAAGGCAACCCUGAAGGAAUUCUAUGGGGACGACGUGAAGUCAUCUCCGGAUUAUGAAAGGAUCAUCAACAAACGUCACUUCAAGAGGGUCAAGACCCUGCUGGAAGGGCAGAAGAUUGCUCAUGGGGGAGAGACUGAUGAGGCCUCCUGCUUCAUAGCACCAACCAUCCUCACGGAUGUUUCCCCGGAGUCAAAGGUAAUGGAGGAAGAAAUCUUUGGGCCAGUCCUGCCCAUUGUGAAUGUGAGGAGCGUGGAUGAAGCCAUUGAGUUCAUCAACCAUCGGGAGAAGCCCCUUGCCCUGUAUGUCUUCUCCAACAACAAGCAGUUAAUCAAGAGAGUCAUCUCAGAAACCUCCAGUGGGGGUGUGACUGGAAAUGAUGUCAUUAUGCAUUUCUUCCUCUCAACUUUGCCUUUUGGUGGUGUUGGACACAGCGGGAUGGGCGCCUACCACGGCAAGCACAGCUUYGAGACCUUCUCSCACCGCCGCGCCUGCCUCAUCAAGGACCUGAAGAUGGAGAGCACCAACAAAAUGCGGUACCCACCUGGCAGCCAGAAGAAGGUGGACUGGGCCAAGUUCUUCCUCCUGAAGCGUUUCAACAAGGCCCGGAUCGGGCUCUUUGUCCUGGCCCUGCUGGGGGUUGUGACAGCGGUGAUGAUUAAGAGCCACCAGUCUGUGCUGAAGAGAAAAGCCCUGUUGGUUGUGCUGGCUGUGCAGAGGCUGGGCUGGCCCAGCGGGUGGUAAGGAGGAGCAGGUUUCAGAGCACUGCUGUGGCUGUCACGGUGAGGUGUUUUACUGAUGAAGAGAGGAGAAGGCACCAUGUGCAAAUCGUACUCUGGGUGCUGGCUUUGUGUCUGUUUCCUUAAGCUGGGAAGUUAUUAUUUUCUUUUGUUCUGGGUGAUUUCAGUGAGCUGUCGAGCACAGAGAGUAGCCCUAGAGAGGCACUAACCACAAGAAGGCUCAGAUUCCUGUUUACUUAAAAGCCAUGCUGGAACAGAAGGACCAGUGGUGACAAGCUCUCCGAAGGAGGACUGCAGAGCAAGAAAUUCCAGUCCCUACCUCCACCCCGUGCCACGCAGAGCUUCCAGGGACACACCAAACCCACUCACCUUCCUUCAGCGACCAACAGGAGCUGCAGUUUCAGCCAUCCUGGGGCUGGCAGUGUUUUCCCUGCAGCCUUGGGGAUGGUCUGUCUCCUGUUGUGCUCUGAAUUUCCACCCUCUCGGUGACAAGCCCAAAAGGGAUGGCUGUGGAUAAACCCAGAGAGGUUCCCUUUGCCAUUUGAUUGAGGUGAAACAUUCAGGGAUCUCUGCAAACCAGAAUCAUCCCCAGCUGGCCAGGGGGUGCUUGCUGGGUUCUGGGUUUCAUCAUGUGCCUUUAACAGUUACUUUUUGCAGUUAGAAAAUUCCAGUGGUGAUGCCUGCACUGCCUGUGUGGUGMUGAUGAGUGUCUGAUGCUGGUGUAAAAGAAUUUUCAGGCCCUUUCAGAGAAGUGGGAAUGACACAUUCCUUGUGGGUUAACCCAGCCCCUUAUUCCCUUAUCCCAUUGGGAUGGGGAGGAGAAUCAGAGUGAGAAAACUUGUAGGUUGAGAAAAGGAGAAUUGAAUAGAUGAACUGAAAGCUGGGCUUGCAGGCAUAUUAAAGCUAAUUAAGGGAUUAGUUUGUUAAUUUCCCUCAUUAGGCAGGCAUUCUGCCAUUCCCAGGAAGGCAGGGCAUCAUCACACCGGCUGGUGACUUGGGAAGACAAACACCAGAACUCCCAACAUCASAAAUCCAAAACAGCACCAUCCUGCUAUGAAGGAACUUAGUGACUGCCAUGAAAAUUAACUUCACCCCAGCCAAAGCCAGCACAAAGCUGUUCCUGGUCAGAUUCCUCCGAGGGAAAACAAUUCCUGGAAGAGACGUGUGUGUGCUCCUUCGUGUUCGAGCUUCUCGGGAUGCUGUGAUCCUACACUGGGGGAUAAUGUGGGGCUUGUUCUAGCUUGGGGGAAGGAUGCUGAAGGAAUUGAAAGUGAAAGAGCCUUAGAAUUAUUAAUGUUGAAGUCAAUUAAAGCAUUAUUACUAAAUGCCAUUAAUAUAAGUAGAAAAUYAUAUUUACUGUGCAAUAAGUAGGAUUUCUUCAUGUCUGGUGAAAAUCCAUGUGCUAAGCCUUUUUGAUGAUACAUUUUGCAAGCACUAAAUAAACCCUAAGAAUUUAAGUAAUAAA